GGGGCAGGGCAUGCCUGAAGCCAAUUCGGCUUCCGAAAUCGCUGCGGCGUUUCAAAGGGUUGUCACAAGCCAAGCUUUCUUUAAAAUUAAUAUUCUGAUACUUCAUCUGUGUCAUUCUUAUUCUUCAGUAUUGCUUAACAUAUUGAUUAAUAUCCUAUUUUUGUUUUGAAGCGCUGCUUGUCUUGCGGUAGACUACACUACGGUCGACAAUUCGUCUGUUUCCGCGUUGAACGGUCAAUUUCUCCAUCAUGUCGUUCUUCAUUGACAACCCUAACGUUGGCAACGCUGACCAUCCCGAAGACCACCGAAUCCGAGGAUACAACCCUCUCACCCCUCCUAAUCUGCUCCAACAUGAAAUCUCCCAGACCGAGAACUCCAAGAAAACCGUGCUCCAAGGCCGCAAAGAAGCCGCUGCGGUCGUCCAAGGUGCCGACCCGCUCAACCGUCUGCUCGUGAUUGUCGGCCCCUGCUCAAUUCACGACCCCGACAUGGCCCUCGAAUACUGCGAUCGUCUCUUGAAAUUGAAGGAGAAAUACCAAGACUCUCUUCUCAUUGUCAUGCGCUCCUACCUCGAGAAACCCCGCACAACAGUCGGCUGGAAGGGGCUAAUUAACGACCCGGAUAUUGACAACAGCUUCAAGAUCAACAAGGGGCUGCGCACAUCCCGCCAGCUCUUCGUCGAUCUGACCAACAAGGGCAUGCCAAUUGCCAGUGAGAUGCUGGAUACGAUCUCUCCCCAGUACACUGCCGAUUGUCUGUCCCUUGGAGCCGUGGGUGCCCGCACCACCGAGUCCCAGGUCCAUCGAGAACUGGCCUCGGGUCUGUCCUUCCCUGUUGGUUUCAAGAACGGCACUGACGGAUCGCUGGAUGUUGCCGUUGAUGCCAUCGGGGCUGUAAAGCACCCGCAUCACUUCUUGUCGGUGACGAAACCGGGUGUUGUCGCUAUUGUCGGGACAGUGGGUAAUGAGGACUGCUUCGUGAUUCUGCGUGGUGGCAAGAAGGGCACCAACUACGACGCGCAGAGCAUUGCGGAUGCAAAGAAGAAGCUCGUUGAAAAGGGCCUUCCGCCGCGUCUCAUGGUCGACUGCUCCCACGGUAACUCGGAGAAGAAUCACAAGAACCAGCCCAAGGUGGCAGCUGUUUUGAGCGAGCAGAUCGCGGCUGGCGAAACGGGGAUUAUGGGAGUGAUGAUUGAAAGCAACAUCAACGAGGGCAACCAAAAAGUUCCCCCUGAGGGAAAAGCUGGGCUCAAGUACGGCGUCAGUAUCACCGAUGCGUGCAUCAACUGGGAAGACACCGAGACGGUGCUCGAGGGCCUGGCACAGGCUGUGCGAACGCGCCAGCAAGUUCUUUCCGGUAAAUCAGCAUAGGCAUCAAAAUUGGCAUUCAAAUUAGUUCUGUCUAUUGCGAGACAGCACGUUUUUCCCUUCGCUAUUCAGAUUUGAUGAUGACAUCUUCGUUUCGGAUUCCCCUGUGAUGUCUCUCUAUUUUUCUCAUAUACCGUAUACUCUAGACUGGGAACAGUUAGAUGUCAGCUUGCAAUAAACAAAAGUUUUGCAUAUCAACCAAUAAAUCAGUGGGAAAAUGCUAGCAGACUAAAAUAGUAAAGCAAUAGUUAUAAAGUCAAAUUAUGGUGCCUGAGGCUGCAGUCCCUAAACG